AUGGAUGAAAAUAUUAUUAUAGAUAUAAAAAAAAGCAAAAAAAAAAAAAAAAAUAUUGAUAAUGAUAUAGAUAAGAAAAAAUUAUAUUAUAUUAAUUUUAUUUGUGAAGAAGAUGAUAUAAAUUUUUUUUGUAACUUUGCUGAGAAAUAUGAGAAUGAUGAUUUGGGAAUAGGACCCACUAGCAAUUUAAAAAAAAAUAAAAAUAACUCAAGCGAUGAAAUAAAUUGUAGUAUUGAUAGAAAACAUAAUCCAUUUAAAUUUGACAUUUUGAAUAAAAUUGAUUUUCAAAAAUCAUACUUAGACAAUCUUAUAGAAAAUGAGGAUAUUAAAGAUGAUGCAAAUUCUCAAUCUUUUUGUUCUUAUAUAUAUAGUAAAUUUUUUUUGCAAUAUUGUAAAGUUUUAUAUAAUUGUUAUUAUGAAAGUAAUGAAAAUAUUAAUUUAAAAAAUAAGUUUGGAAGGGAAAUAUACUUUUUUACUAGGAUUAAUAAAAAGCGAAUAAAGUUUAGAACUAAGAAAAAAAACAAAGUACAAAAAUGUAGAAGUGGUAAUACUAACAAUUGCUAUGAUAAAAAUGGAUAUCUACAUUGCUUGAAAAACAAAAACAAAAAUAUAAGUAAUAAAGAUAAUUUUUAUGAAGCUAAUAAUCAUAAUGAAAAUGAAUUAAACAAAAUAAAUAAUGAUUUUAUAUUGUCUUCUUACAUUGCAUAUAUACCAUUGAAAAAUUCGGUACUCGAAUAUUAUAUGCCUCACAAAAAAAUAUAUAAUGUUAAUUUUUUAAAACAAAAUAAAUUAAAUAAUGAAAAUGGAAGGAAUAUAUAUAUUUGUGAAGAUUUUAAUAUAUGUGAUAUCUUGUUAAAUAGUGAAAACAAUUAUGAUGUCAAAGAUGAGAAAAAAAUUUAUUAUGAAAUGGGAAGUUUCUCGAAAAAUCAAAGCAUAUUUUACACACUAAAGGGAAACAAUCAAAUUCGAUCAAAAAAAAGAAAAAAGAAAAAGAGAAAGACAAGCAAAGUGACAAAAACAAACGCCACACUGAAUGCACCAGAUUCUUCUUCUUCGUCGUCUUUUUUCUUCGACAAAUACACAUCGAGUGAUGAAAGUAACAUUUCUUUUUCAAAUUUUUUACCUAAUAAUAAUAAAUCUGUUGUGAAAAAUAAGAACAAACUCAAGGAUAAAAAAUUGAAAGAUAAUUGUUUGAUGGAAGAAAAUGACGGGAUGCUCAUUUUUUCUCAUAUAAUAGACUUAUGCAAGCAAAAUAAAAUUUUUUCUUUUAAAAAAAAUAAAUACCUAGAAAGUUGGGAAAAUGUUGAUUCCUGUAAAUUUUAUGAAAUCGCUUCUGAGCAUGCCACUGAGCAACCAUACAAAAAAAAAACUUCGUCUUCUAAAUGUGAAGACAAUUUAUAUGGGGUUACAAAAAAUAUAGACAAAACAAUAAAAAAAAAUGAAUUUGAAAAUAAAAACCUACAUUUAUUAUCAUAUUAUCAUAAAAAACGGAGUUUCAGUACAUACUCUUUAGAUACUUAUAAAGAAAACGGAAAAAUAUCCCCAAAAAAUAAAAUGUAUAAAAAUGUGAUCCAUAAAAAUAACAUUGAAUUAAAUAUACAACGAAAUAUUAUGAACAUGAAAAAUAUAAAAAUAUAUAAAGACCUAAAAUUAGGAAGCGAAAAAAAAAUUACAAAAAGACAACUAAAAGAAAACCAAGAAAUGGAUAUAUAUUAUUAUGAAGAUUUUUUGAAAAUGAAACAAAAAAAUGAACAAAAUAUGCUCAAAAGUCAAAUUUUAAAAGGUUUAAAAAAUCAAACUAAAUAUGAUCCAUCUCAUUUAGAAGACAUUACUAACAAAAAAUUAGAUCACAUGGGAAGUAUAGAAUUAAAUAGAAAGGAAUAUGUACCUAAUUUAGACUUACACAAUCGUAACGAAAUAAAACAAUGCCAAUGUAACUUACAUGGUGUAAAUAAUAUGUAUGAUCAAACGAAAUGCCAUAAUGUAAUAUCAUUAAAAUUGUCUACUAUUCUUUCUCAUAAAUUUUGUUCUUUAUACAUAUGCGAAAAAUAUGAAACAAUAAUAGAACAUUAUAAAUAUCAUUACAUAUAUAUAGAUUUUUAUUUAACUUAUAUAUACUUAAAAGCAUUGAUAAAAUUAAAGAAAUACAAUGAUUGUUUAAAAUGCAUUUUUGAUAUUAAUCGUCAACAACUAGAUCCAUUAAAUAAAUGUAUUCUUUAUUUUUUUUUGGGUACAUGCUAUGAAAAGUUGUAUAAAUAUAAGUUAAGCACAUCCGAAUAUUCAAAAUUAGUUAUUCACGGAGUUAGUAUAAAUAAAAAUAAACAUAAUAUACCUCCGAACAUUUUAAUCGAUGAAAAAAAAGAAUAUAAAAAUUAUUGCUUUGAAAUAUAUCCAUUUUUACUUAUUUGUCUAGAUAAGUUAAUAGGGACAUAUCAAUUAAAUACUUAUGAAGAAAAUAAUUUGUUAAAAUAUUUUAAAAAUAAUUACAUUAUUUACAAUCUUAUAAAUUUUUAUACAACCAAAAUGAAAAAUAAAAUUAACAUAAAAUAUGACGAAAUAAAUACCUGUAUGAAUACACACAACGAGAUUAAUUUUGAUGAGUAUAUGCCCACAAAAAUAAGACAUAUAAAUAUGAGAAAUCCAAACCCAUGCAACUUUAAAAAAUCAUAUCGAAUUAAUAUGGUGACAAGCCAAACAGCCACCCAAGAAAAUAAAAAUAGCGAUAACGGUAAUAAUAUAGGAGAUACAAAUUAUUUUCACUUUUUUAAUAUGGCAAAUGUUACAAAUAAUAGGACGCGUACUAAUAGUAGCACUCAUAGUAGUGUGCGAGAAAAAAGGAACUACUGGGAAAAAAAUAGUGAUAUUGCACAUAAUUAUAACGAAUAUAUGUGGGAAGAAAAAAAAAAACAAAAAAGCAAGCUUUUACAUAAUAAUAAUAUUUUCAAUGUUUCACAUGAACAAGUCAGAAAAAUUAAGCAAAAAAAAAAAAAAAAAAAAAAUAAUGAGAUAGCUAAAAAUAUAUAUGUUAAUUUGAGUAACAUAUUAUAUGUUGCUAAAAAUGAUAGUGAUUAUUUUAAUUAUAAAGAAAUAAUAGAUAAUAACGAAUAUAGUUGUUUAUAUGGUGAAAAGAAUACAAGUAAAAGUCUUUUAAAAAAACUUAUUUUAGUUUUCGAUAAAAUUAUAUCAAAAAAUUAUACAUACCACCAUUUGGAUAUAAAUUAUGAUGAUCUGUUUUUUUAUAUCCUAUAUGGAUUUUUUCAAAUAUAUUGUAAAAAUAUAUUAAACUCACUUGAAAAUUUCGCACACACAAAUUUUUUAAAUCAAAAUAUUUAUAAUUUUAUAAGAAAGUUAGGUCUACAACUUAAGCUAGUUAAUGUGUAUAUUGAAAAUCCACUUGUAAUAAACCAUGAUAAAAUAAUUGAUCAGGCUUGCGUAUUUUAUACAAAUAAGAAUAAAUAUAAUUUAUAUAGAUAUAGAAAUAUUUUACAUAUAGAUAUAAUAACAUUGGAAGAACUCAUAUGUAUAAAUACGUUUUGUUUGAAAAAACAUGAUUUUGUUAAUUCAUAUUAUAUUAGUAAGUAUAUAUUAAAAAAGGAAAAGGGAUAUGAUAAUGAGGAAGUUAUUAUAUUAUAUAUAACUUCUCUUAUAAAUAUACCAGAUAUAAUUAUAAGUAAGAAAAAUAAGAUUAAAGAAUUAUUACUUUUAUUUCAUAAAAAAAUGAAUUAUAUUAAAAAAACAAAUAAAUCAUAUUAUUAUAAGCCAUCCAAUUAUGUAUAUGUGUGUGAUUACUUAGACUAUUUUAUAUAUGGAAUAAUUUAUUUUUUAAAAAAUGAUUUCAGAAGAUCUUCUAAAUAUCUUAAUAAAUGUAUAAAAAUAAAAAAAGAAUUUUAUUUAUGUUAUGUUUAUUUGUUUAAAAUAGGUUUAACAAAUAAUACAUUAAUUGGACAGGAUAAAAAGUUGAUUUUUUUUACAUGUUUUAAAUUAAGGGCUUAUAAUGUUCAACCAUAUUUAAUAUAUUUUGCUCAUACUAUAAAAAAAAUACACCAAGAUUUAUACAGUAGUAAAAAAGGUAAUAACCAAAAUAUAAGUAUUAGCAACAAUAAUGAAAUAAAAUUGCAUUUGGCUACUCGUCAUUUAGAAGAAAACUUUUCUAAAGCAAUAAAUUUAGACAAUGACAAUAUUUUUUUAUAUAAUGAAUUAUUUGUUUAUUCUUUUUUAAAAAAAGAUUAUUCUCAAUGUGAAACUAUUAUGAACAUAUAUUUUCAUCCUGAAAAUUUGUAUUAUAAAUCACCAAAAAUUAUAUUUCCACUAUCUUUUAUUUUAUAUAAUUCAAGUAUUUACAAUUAUAUAUGUGCAAAAAAAAUAGCUAUAUCAGAAAAAUAUUUAAUAAAGAUCUUAAGUAUCAAUCCAUUUGAUAUAAAAUCAUUAAAUUUGCUAACACAUAUUUUGUUUACAAAAAAAGACAUAUAUUGGAUACACUUCUUUGAUUAUUCAAUAUAUUUAGAAAAUAUUUUAUAUUCAAAAAAAAUAAUUUCAUAUAAAUCAUAUAUGUGUGAUACAUUUUUUAACAACCUUAAACAAAUGCAAGAUAUCCACUGUUUCAUAAGAUACUAUAAAAUAUUAAAAAAUGUUAAACGGUUUUAUAAAAUUUUUAAAAAUUAUAUUAAAACAAGAUCCUUUCUAUAUGCAACCAAUUAUAAUAACAACUAG